AUGGAAUAUUCUGAAGACGAUACUGCUAUCGAUGAGACCACUCCGUUUGUACGGAGUAGACGACCCACACAUUCUAUUUUAGAUGCACCUUUGGGUUCGUUCAAAGGUCCAAAUUCGUUACAUAACUUUGCAAGUUCUUUCACCAGAGCACAAUCAUUUGCUGCUUCGAAGAUUGAUAAUGAUAUUCGGAAGAAAAGAUCAUUUUUUUACAAUGAUAGCAAUGUUCAACACGAUUCGGUUGUUGACGAUGAGUUAUUCGAUCCAGAGUUGAUGGUUCCAUCUGCGAGAGGUGAAAGAUUGAGCGUAGUUCUUCACGAUGUGAUGAACAAGAACCUGGUUUUUAACGGGGCGGACCAUAAUAUUUCGCCCAACAACGAUGUGUUUUACCAGGAUGAUAUUAUCAACGUGUUGAAUCAAAGUAAAUCAAGAAAAAAUUCCACAUAUACGGGUGGUGGUGCUAUGCCCAUCAAUAUCAACAAAAGGAAGUCAUUUCCAUCACCGUCAUUUUCCAGCAUUAGGUCAUCGAUUUCGAUGGCUACAACAGCUUCCCGGUUCAAUUUGACGAAGAUUGAGGAUAAAGAUGGAAAUGUUGUUACUGUUUUAGAGGGGCAAUCUACUGCUCCACAGACUAUAUUCAAUUCUAUUAAUGUAUUGAUUGGCGUGGGUCUCUUGGCGUUGCCAGUUGGUAUUUUAAAAGCAGGAUGGGUCAUCGGAGUUCCAUUAUUAGCCUGUUGUGGUUUGACAACAUACUGGUCUGCUACUUUAUUAUCAAAGGCUAUGGAUACUGACAGGACAAUAAUGACAUAUGCUGAUUUAGGUUACGCAGCUUAUGGCUCAAUGGCAAAAUUGUUUAUUUCUUUAAUCUUCUCCAUGGAUUUAUUAGGAGCGGGCGUAUCGUUAAUUGUUUUAUUCAGUGAUUCGCUCUUUGCAUUACUCGGUGAUGAAGUAGUUUGGACUAAAACAAAGUUCAAGUUAAUCAGCUUUUUCGUCUUGACUCCAUUUACAUUUCUACCAUUACCUAUAUUAUCUAUCUUUUCAUUAUUUGGGAUAAUAUCUACGAUUUCGAUUACAUUGUUAGUAUUGGUGUGUGGUUUCUUGAAACCAGACUCUCCAGGUUCAUUAAUUUCUAUUAUGCCAACUAAUAUGUGGCCUCAGUCAAUUCCUGAUCUAUUGUUGGCUAUAGGUAUUCUUAUGGCACCUUUUGGUGGUCAUGCCAUCUUUCCUAAUUUGAAAUCUGAUAUGAGGCAUCCGCAUAAAUUCACUGGGACCUUAUCAACAACAUAUUCGAUUACAUUGGUCACCGACUUAUCAAUGGGUAUCUUAGGUUUCUUGAUGUUUGGAGCAUACUGCAAUAAUGAGAUUACGAAUAACUUACUAGUUACAUCUGGUUACCCAAUAUGGUGUUAUCCUUUGCUCAGUGGUUUAAUCUGCCUUAUUCCAUUAGCUAAGACUCCUUUGAAUGCAAAGCCCAUCAUUUCAACUUUAGAUAUUUUAUUCAACGUUGAUAAAUCCUCCCAGAAUGGUUUCAGACGUUUUUUCAACUCCUUCAUUAAGCUUGUAAUUAGGAUUGGAGUAAACGCUGUUUUCGUUGGGUUGGCUAUUCUUUUUCCUGAGUUUGAUCGAGUAAUCGGCAUUUUAGGCUCGUCGAUUUGCUUUUUGGUUUGCAUUAUAUUACCAUGUUUGUUUUACUUAAAAUUAUGCAAUAAUUCUUUACAAGCCUUUGAAAAAGCUAUUGUAUCUAUUGCCAUUUUUGUAUCCGUUAUCUUAGCAUUUAUUGGUACAUGGGCAGUAUUGAACUUUUAG